GUUAGUUUAGUUUGGAUUUGUUUAUCAGUUAUUCAGUAAAAAGCUCCAAACCUGUAGUUCAAAACAAGAAGAAACAUGAUGUGUCGUUCUUUGUUUCUGUUGCUUAUUGCGGGAUCAAGUCUCGCAAAAAUAUCGCCAAACUCAGAAGAUACCUGUGAUGGCAUAUCACACAAUUUUGACUUGACGUUAACCAGCGAACAAGAUUUGCGAAUGCAGUUGGAAGAAAAGCUUACAUCAUUGUUAAUGAAUAAUUUUGACGGAGAUCUUGUAAUAAACACUCAAAUAUUUGAAAAUGUUGCACGCACCAACCUAAAUCAUACAACUACAGAUAGAGAUGAUACCACCGACAAUAAUGUUGAAUAUUCUAGUUCCGCGUCUUCUAAUGAUGUCACAACUGAUCCGUUUUAUUCAAGGACAAAUUUGAUAACAGAGAAAACCGAAUUGAGUACAAAGAAGGAAAUUACGACAGCACUUACGAAAUAUACCGACUGGGAAUGGCCGAGAAGUACUGACAAAUUGAUAACAACCGACAAAGAUGAUAUUGGAGAUGUGGUGACCACUGACACGGAUUCAACUCUUCUUCAGUCUUCCACUUUAACUACUCUCGUUAAUAGGAAUGAAGGAAGCUCACAUUCAGAUUUACCCGAGGAUUGUACAAACAUGCACAAGAAAAACGCGAAAACUAAAAACGCUACUGGUGGAGUAUUUGAUAUUUAUCCUGAACUAAACGAAAGUUCCAUUGAAGUUUAUUGUGAUCUCGUCACCGACGGAGGAGGAUGGAUUGUGUUUCAACGACGAAUGGAUGGAUCGGAAAAUUUUUAUAGAAAUUAUUCUGACUACGUGAAGGGGUUUGGAAAAGCUGAUAGAGAAAUGUGGCUUGGUCUGGAAACGUUGAAUCUGAUUACGAAUAAAUAUGAUUGUGAACUUCGUAUAGAUAUGAAAGAUUGGGAAAACAACACAUCUUACGCCAAAUAUGGGGUGUUUAAAGUUGGAGAUGAAACUAACAAAUAUCACCUCACUGUGGGGGAAUACAGUGGAAAUGCGGGAGAUUCAAUGCGAAAUCAUUCUACAAUGAACUUCACAACAAAAGAUUACGACAACGAUAUCUGGCAACGUAAUUGCGCUCAACGAUUCAGAGGCGGUUGGUGGUACAAUAAAUGCCAUCAAUCUAACCCAAACGGCAUUUACUUAUCAGGAGAAUCUGAGUUUGGCGUUGGAAUCAGCUGGUUUACCUGGAAAACGCACAGAUAUUCCCUCAAAUUUAUUGAGAUAAAACUCAGGAAAAAAUCUGAAACUAUAUGAUCUCGCGUGAACCUUGCAAAAUAAACGAUCAUGCUGGCGUGUAAUGAAUAUCAAUUUGAAUAGACAAAAUUUAUUGCUGGUAAUUUUCUUUGAGCAUAAAUGAGAUGAAGCAGUUCAAAAAAUAUUCAUGAUUAUAAUCAAUCCCCCCCCCCUUUUUUUAUUCAUUAUUCGAUAAAAAAAUUGGUAAAUAAUUAAUACUAUAUCUAAUUAUACAGUCAAAUUACACCGUAUCUUCAAUACGUAUAUCUAACAUUUUUUAAUUUUUUGACUUAUUCAUGCAUGAAAAAU